GAACUCCUGGAAGUCUCCAACUGGAGGUUUCUAUUAGCAGUUGGUCCUGGGCUGGCUGCCAUGACUUCUCCCUGAGUCAGGGUCCCUCUCUCAGGAUGGCGGCCCAGGCUCGGACUCCUCGGUCACGGUCACGAAUCUUGGGCUGCUCCUCCCUGUUGCGCUUUCUUCGAAGCCUGGUGGGGAGGAAGGGCCGUUCUAACAAGUCCCUGACCAAGAGCCUGCCCAGCCCCUCACAGGAGCAGGAUGGUGUCUCCCCCAGGGUGGGCCGCCAGGGAGGCCGGGGGAGGAGGGAACCACGGUUACAUGCCAUGGUACCCAGGGCCCUACCUGCAGCCCCCUCAAACCUGCCGCUGCAAGAUGCCCUAGGGCUGGGCACGGGGGACAUGGGGUCCCAGACCCUCACCUCCAAGGACACCCUGAAGCUCAAGGCCCAGGGUGUAGAGGUGACAUCGGUCCCCACCGGAGAAAUCAGGGAGGUUCCGGGGCACCAGUCUGAGAAGGAAGGAGAGGAGGAAGAGCCAGCAGCGGAGGCCUCUGGGGCCUCGGGAGUCUCAGACAGGGAGCAGUUUGCCCAGGCCCUGGAGACAGAACAAGGAUGCUUGCAGUGGGUUCCGGGACCACUGGGACUCAUCCCUGGGGCCUUCGUCAGAGAGGAAGAGGAGGGGCACCGUCUAAUUGAGAUUGGAGACCUCAGGCUGACCUCUUGCAAGGCGGGGCCCACCCCGUGGAACUAUCUCCUCGGCUUGUACAAGCAGCUCCAGAAGUCAGCCAUGGCCAAGGCUCAGAGACCAGCCGUGCCUCAGUUUCCUCUCAAGGAUGGCUUGUCCCAUGAGGAGAAAGGGGAGCGAGAAGAAGCGGAGGACAGUUACCUCAAGCUGUGUGCUCCAUGCAUCGCCACCGUCCAGUCUCCGCUGCAGAAGACUUUUAGGUCCACAGAUACAGUGGGUUUCGUGGAGUCAGAGUUGAAGAAGAUUCUGGAGGUGAGACGCGAGUCCCGCCUCUGGAAGGUGGGCAGCCCGGAGGGCCGGGAGCUGCUGACCCGGCCAGACAUCACACUGGAGGAGGCCGGCAUGGUGGACGGCCAGCACCUGCUCCUGGAGGAGAUGGAUGAUAUGGGGAACUGGCCUCCUCCAGAGUGAGGCCCGUGCCGGCAGCAGCCCACUGUGCCCACACCCCUGGGACCCCAGUCCAGCAUAUGUCUCUUGUUGGGACACAUCCAAGGAGUCCCUGUGGCCCUGGGCUUUGGGAUGAGUAGUAUCCUGUGUGUGCGUGUGGUGGGCCUGCGCAGCACUGCCCCUACCCAUCAGACUCCGGCAGAUGAUGUUAUUAAUAAAAACUUAGUUUGACAUUA